AUGGUCAUCCCAGCUGUUGUUUGGAGUUGGUUCUUAGCAAAGGUCGCAACUGGCGUGAUGCACUCACUAAACUUUUCGAUCGCGUGUAUCCGAACAAAUGGGCAUUUUUCAUCGUCGAGCUUGAACAGAGACAACCAUCGUACCAUUUGCUCUGUUGCAAUGCACCUAUAGUUACGGCUAGAAGAGAAGACACACCGGAUUCGACCGAACCAUCAUCACAACUCAGUUCACCACCGGACUCAGUACGUUUUCAAUCACUGUGUUUUUCCUAA